ACCCCGUUAGUAAGAUGGGCGACAGAGAGGACGGCUGCAGGGAGCAGGUUGAGGUUGGAAGAAAGAAAAGAAAGGCGGAAGACUUAUUGUUGUUGAUGCAUGCUAAUGUGUUGGAGGCUGAAAAGAAGAAAUCUGUCCCCACUACUAGUGUUGUAAUGGAUGCGCUGCCUGGCUCUAGGAGCUCGUCCCCUCGGGGCUCAGCAAAAUCCACCAGCUGCUCACCAGCACGCUCAAAAGAUGGCUCCCGCUAUUCCAGGUCGAGAUCCAGAUCCAAGUCCAGAUCCAAAUCAAGGUCCCGCUCCCAUCGAAGCUCACGCAGGCAUAACUCCCGCUCUCGCUCCCGCUCCCACCGACGCCGUUCCAGGAGCCGAUCUCGUAGCUGGGAGGACCGCCGGCAUAGGAGCCAUAGCCGCUCCCCCAUGUCAAAUCGUCGCAGACACACUGGCAACAGGGCCAACCCCGACCCCAACAACUGUCUGGGUGUGUUUGGACUGAGUCUGUACACCACGGAGAGGGAUCUGAGGGAGGUUUUCUCUAAAUACGGCCCUUUGAGUGGCGUCAACAUUGUGUGUGACCAGCAGUCACGUCGCUCCAGAGGCUUUGCCUUUGUCUACUUUGAAAACUCUGAGGACUCCAAGGAGGCUAAGGAGCAUGCUAAUGGGAUGGAGCUUGAUGGGCGCAGGAUCCGGGUGGAUUUCUCCAUCACAAAACGGGCUCAUACACCCACUCCUGGAAUCUACAUGGGACGUCCCACAUAUAGUGGUGGCGGCAGUAGCACCAGUGGCGGAAGCAAUAGCGGUGGGUCAUCCCGGCGUACCUCGAGGGACUGUGACAGGGGCUACGACAGAAGUUAUGAUCGUGACUAUGAUCGCUAUGACGACAGAGAGUACAGAUCAUACAGACGCAGAUCUCCAUCUCCCUACUACAGCAGAGGGUACCGCUCACGGUCCCAGUCACGGUCCUACUCUCCACGUCACUACUGAGCAGUUAGAGAAUAAGGCAACAGUUUCAGUUUUAUUGUUCAGAUGCUUUCUAUUUCUUGACUUUUUAUGUUGUUCUUUUUGCUUUGUUUUAAGAUUAUGUAUGUGAUUUGAAUUCUGUAUUUGUUUAUGUAUUGAAGGUCUAAAAAACGGUCCACAGCUAAACAGGAAAGGAAAACAACUUGUUUUGCGGUGGUAAUUAAAUGAAGGUUGUUUAUGCUCGGCUCAACAGACUUGUUUUUGUAAAAGCAGGAUUUUCUUAUAUUAGUUAUAUUAUCAAUUUUCAUUUUGCUGUUUGUAUGUAGUUGUUUUCUUGAACUGUCAAGAUCCCAGGCUGCAUGUAUUUAAUGUUUUAAAUACCAUCUUUCUAUAUAUUUUUGUGUUUUUCUGGUGGAAAGUACUUUUUUGGGGUGUUUUUGGGAGAUACUUUGGUCAACUGUUCUAUUGUUUAGUGACAGUUCGUUGUAUACUGUAAUGGCCACAUUGGUUUCAUAGGCAGGAAUGCUCCAGGUAUUGUACCAUGAAGUCCCAUCAAACACUUUGAAUUAUUUUGUGUGUGGUUUUUUUUUUUUGUCAAGAAAUAAAAAUAU